AUGGCCAUCAUUGGUGCUGGCUUUGAUGACCAAUCCUUUAGUAGUGAUGAUAGUUACAGCCAUGUCUUCAUGGACUCAGAGGCUGCCGCAGUCAAAGGCCAGUAUUUUCAGCGUGCUCAGCUGCUCCGUGGGCCAGAGGCAUCUCGCCGGUACUUUGAUCCCUCCCAACAGGCCCUCAUCAAUAUAGGGGGCAUCCGGUACUCCUUCCCCUGGGGCACCCUGGAGGAUGUACCCCAGAGCCGCCUGGGUCGUCUGCACUCCUGCUCCACACUGAGAGAGAUAGCAGAGUUUUGUGAUGACUAUGAUGAGAUGCUACAAGAAUUCUUCUUUGACCGUGACCCUUUAGCUUUUCAGGCCAUCCACAGCUUCCUAGCAAAAGGGAAGUUGCGUCUGCUGCAGGGGGUCUGCAAUGUGGCCCUGCACGGGGAGCUGCUGUACUGGGGCAUCGAUAUAGGACAGAUGGAGCCCUGCUGCCGCCAUCACAUGAUGUCCUGUGUAGACGAGGUGGCCAAGCACCAGCAGAAGGAGGACGAGUGGCGGGAGAGACGGAGGGCGCUCCGGGCUUCUCUGAGAGAGGGAAGCCUGUUCCACAAGCUGGGGGAAGCAGUGGAGAACCCUCACUCAGGUUUAGCAGGGAAAGUGUUUGCCUUCCUGUCUGUCAUCAUGGUGAUGGUCACUGUGGUCAGCCUGUGCAUUGGCACCAUGCCAGACCAACAAGAGGAGGAAGCCAUGGGUACAUGCUCCCAAAGGUGCCGCAGAAUGUUUGUGGUGGAGUCUGUUUGUGUGAGUUGGUUCAGCAUAGAGUUUCUGGUGCGAUUUUUCCACGCAAGGAGCAAGCUGGAGUUUGUCCGCAGCCCUCUGAACAUCAUCGAUGCUGCUGCUAUCUUGCCCUACUAUGUCUCACUGUUUCUGGAGCUCGGGGAUGAGACUGUACAGGAUAUUGUGGCAGAAGCGGGAAAGAGCACCCUGGAUAAACUUGGUCUGAUCCUGCGUGUGAUGAGGGCCCUGCGGAUCCUGUAUCUUAUGAGACUGGCCCGCCACUCUAUAGGUCUGAAGACCUUAGGGCUAACUAUCCAGCGCAGUGUGACAGACUUCAGCAUGCUGAUGCUCUUUAUGUGUGUCGCAGUGACUCUCUUUUCCCCAUUGGUACAUCUAGCUGAGAGUGAGCUGGCUCCAAACGCUGCCAGAACACCUCAGCUCAGCUUCAGCAGCAUCCCGGCGUCAUACUGGUGGUCCAUCAUCUCUGUCACCACAGUGGGGUAUGGUGACAUGGUGCCCCACAGCAUCCCCGGUCAACUGGUGGCACUAAUCAGCAUCUUAGCAGGGAUCCUCAUUCUGUCUUUCCCUUCUACAUCUAUCUUCCACACGUUCCAUCGCACCUACAUUGAGCUGACGGACGAGCAUUGCAGGUUAUGGAAAGAGGAGAGAGGGGCCGAGCUCGCCACUGAGGCUGAAGAAAGCAUGAAAGAAAGAGAAACCUGGCCUGAUAACUGGCCAGAAACUGAUCUUUUACCAGGUCUAGAUGAUCCUUCUUAUCUUUUCAUGAAAGACAUUACAGUGCUGGCUCGGAGCAAGAGCGAUCAACCUCUGUUGACUCCUGUUACUUAA